CUAUUUAAGUAAAGAUUUGAAAUAACACUUCCAAACUUUCAAAUUAUAUCCAUGUGUUAUAUAUAUUUGAAUAAGAUUAAUAAAUAGAACUUUAAUAAAUAUAACUGCAGUUAAAAUGUUCCUUUUUAACUGGAUCAGAUCUCUGUUGGCAUACUUCGGCUUCAAGAAGGAUGCCAAAUUGUUGAUUAUAGGCCUAGACAAUGCUGGUAAAUCCACACUGCUAACAAUGAUGUCAACCGGCAGAAUUGUACAGCACGCUCCAACACCGAAAGGAUCGUGUCAAGAAAUGGACAUGGGUACAAUACGUUUUACAGCGUACGAUCUCGGAGGUCAUCCACAAGUUCGAAGGGUUUGGAGAGACUAUUACCCGGCGGUUGAUGGUAUUAUUUUCAUGGUGGAUUGUGCAGAUCAUAUGAGAUUUGAUGAAGCUAAAGAAGAACUUGAUAGAACUAUCCGAGACGACACACUACCCGACGCUCCCAUCGCCGUUCUAUUCAACAAAACAGACAGAAAAGAGGCUGUUGGUGAAGAGUAUCUAUCAGACAAACUGAUGUUAGGGGUGCAUAGAACUGGAAAGAAACACACACCAAGAGCAGAACUGUCAGGUCGACCUUUAGAAACGUUUCCAAGCAGUAUUGUCAAACAAACAGGUUAUGGCGACGCAAUGAGAUGGCUUGCAUAUUACAUUGAAUGAAAACAAAUUUACACACUGUUCAAACUAAUGAGCUUUCGGGACUGCUUUUAAUAAGCAUAUGUUGUGAUAGUGAAGAAAUUUAUAAAGCAUGCCUUUUUUCAUCGUUCUGGGAAUAUCACAAACACCCGAGGAACUGGGAGAAUGUUCUCGAAAAAUAUCUUAAUUGUUAAUAGUUUCCAUUAUAUAUAUAGAAUUUUGGUGUUUAGUAUUUGCUAAUGUUCGAUGGUAUUUAAUACUUGUUCAGCAGCAUAUCAUAAUAUCACAACUGUUUACUAUGUAAAUUAGAAAACAACAAAAAAAUCUAAAAGUUAACAAUCAUUUGCGAAGUUUAGGUUCAGAAUUUAUUAACUGGAAAAAAAACCCAACACAAUUCUUGCUUUGGGAUUGCAUACAGUGCACUAUACUUACACUUGUAUAGGCGGGAAAAGCCCUAUCAAGUUUGUGGAUAUGUGUUGUUGAAAUCAGACAGUGCUAUCUGUAUCAUUAAUCCUAGGAGAAUUCUCCAAAAAGUUUUGGUUAUUAUAGUAUAAUCAUAUUUUAUUGUAUAUAUAUACAUAUUCUAUACACACACAUUCAACAAGCAUACAUAAAUACAUCAUGUAAAUAUACAAAAGGGUUGGGCCAGAAGUUAUAACAACAUUAUCGGGGGCCCUCCCCUGACAUCACAGAUACACAUGCAAGAAAACAUAGUACUAAGAUGACAGAUAUGUUCUUGUUGUUUUUAAUGUCUCUUAAUACAUGUAGAUAACACUAGUGGGACUGAUGUUUUAUAUAUUUUUCUUAUAUAAAGACAUACUGUGAUAGUAAUUUAUGUGCAAUUUUAUAUUUUGUUUUCUCUGUACUUUAAAUGUUUAAGUAAAAAAAAAUUCUGUCAAUAUUUUGCAUCGUUAUUUUCUUAAUUAAAAAUGUGUAAACGAG